AUGAAUGCGCACGGUUUAGAAUUUGGGAAUAGCAGUAGACUACAGCACAGGUACCUUCAUUGUCACAGAAUCACUAUGUUUCGUGUUAUGACAAAUUUAUUUAAUUAACCCUUAAAUAUAUAAAUAUUUUAUUCAAACUAAUUAAGUACCAUAUAAGUUAAUGUGUAGGGGUACGUCAGAGAAUGGUUUAUCUAUAGAUGGCUGUAAUAACAAAUGUUUUGCCCCCUCAGCUUUCCAGCUAUCUUGCUCAGAUGCCUAGACACUGCUCCGCAGGUGGAUGCAAAUCCCGUGACACCAGGGAAAAUCGUAAGGCUGGCAUUACCUUUCACAGGUAAGUGGAUCCAAUCUAAUUUUACCUAACCAUUAAGACUGUGGGCUCUAUUUUCGGAUGGCGCUAAGGAGACGCAAGUGUCAAACACAUGUUAGUUUGCAAUUUUGUCAUGUAAAAACUGUUGCAAUUGCAUUUUCCAGCCCUAACAGCAGGUUUGGCAAUUUACCUGUAUAAUGUCAGCUCGCUUACGCUGAGGUGGGAGGGGUGGCAAUAUUUGAGGUGUGCCUUAAAAACAAGUGCAAAAGUGAACAUUUCAUGCAGCACUAAUGGGAAGUUUUAAGACCCACAAAAAGCAGGUCUUAACGGUAACGCAGUUAAUAAUGCCAUGUAUUUUGAGAGUGGAAGCGCAGCCUAUCCAGCCAUGAUGCACAGUGCCCAUGGAAUGAGAUACGUUUAUUUUGUGCUGGUGAUUUUCAUAGGCUCGUAUUUAGAAACAUAAAAACGAAUGGUUUCCCCCCAUUUUGUUUAAUUUGAUUAAAAACGAAGCAUAGCCUCCCCUCCCCUUAUUAAAUGCUGGUUUAGUAGCAUAGCAUACAGUGGGGAAAAAAAGUAUUUAGUCAGCCACCAAUUGUGCAAGUUCUCCCACUUAAAAAGAUGAGAGGCCUGUAAUUCUCAUCUUAGGUACACGUCAACUAUGACAGACAAAUUGAGGAAAAAAAUUCCAGAAAAUCACAUUGUAGGACUUUUAAUGAAUUUAUUUGCAAAUUAUGGUGGAAAAUAAGUAUUUGGUCACCUACAAACAAGCAAGAUUUCUGGCUCUCACAGACCUGUAACUUCUUCUUUAAGAGGCUCCUCUGUCCUCCACUCGUUACCUGUAUUAAUGGCACCUGUUUGAACUUGUUAUCAGUAUAAAAGACACCUGUCCACAACCUCAAACAGUCACACUCCAAACGCCACUAUGGCCAAGACCAAAUAGCUGUCAAAGGACACCAGAAACAAAAUUGUAGACCUGCACCAGGCUGGGAAGACUGAAUCUGCAAUAGGUAAGCAGCUUGGUUUGAAGAAAUCAACUGUGGGAGCAAUUAUUAGGAAAUGGAAGACAUACAAGACCACUGAUAAUCUCCCUCGAUCUGGGGCUCCACGCAAGAUCUCACCCCGUGGGGUCAAAAUGAUCACAAGAACGGUGAGCAGAAAUCCCAGAACCACACGGGGGGACCUAGUGAAUGACCUGCAGAGAGCUGGGACCAAAGUAACAAAGCCUACCAUCAGUAACACACUACGCCGCCAGGGACUCAAAUCCUGCAGUGCCAGACGUGUCCCCCUGCUUAAACCAGUACAUGUCCAGGCCCGUCUGAAGUUUGCUAGAGUGCAUUUGGAUGAUCCAGAAGAGGAUUGGGAGAAUGUCAUAUGGUCAGAUAAAAACAAAAUAGAACUUUUUGGUAAAAACUCAACUCGUCGUGUUUGGAGGACAAAGAAUGCUGAGUUGCAUCCAAAGAACACCAUACCUACUGUGAAGCAUGGGGGUGGAAACAUCAUGAUUUGGGGCUGUUUUUCUGCAAAGGGACCAGGACGACUGAUCCGUGUAAAGGAAAGAAUGAAUGGGGCCAUGUAUCGUGUGAAAACCUCCUUCCAUCAGCAAGGGCAUUGAAGAUGAAACGUGGCUGGGUCUUUCAGCAUGACAAUGAUCCCAAACACACCGCCCGGGCAACGAAGGAGUGGCUUCGUAAGAAUCAUUUCAAGGUCCUGGAGAGGCCUAGCCAGUCUCCAGAUCUCAACCCCAUAGAAAAUCUUUGGAGGGAGUUGAAAGUCCGUGUUGCCCAGCGACAGCCCCAAAACAUCACUGCUCUAGAGGAGAUCUGCAUGGAGGAAUGGGCCAAAAUACCAGCAACAGUGUGUGAAACCUUGUGAAGACUUACAGAAAACGUUUGACCUGUGUCAUUGCCAACAAAGGGUAUAUAACAAAGUAUUGAGAAACUUUUGUUAUUGACCAAAUACUUAUUUCCACCAUAAUUUGCAAAUAAAUUCAUUAAAAAUCCUACAAUGUGAUUUUCUGGAUUUUUUUUCCUCAUUUUGUCUGUCAUAGUUGACGUGUACCUAUGAUGAAAAUUACAGGCCUCUCUCAUAUUUUUAAGUGGGAGAACUUGCACAAUUGGUGGCUGACUAAAUACUUUUUUCCCCCACUGUAGGUGUCUUUUUAUCCUGGCCAUUAGCCAAGUAGUCUAUGAAUAAAGGGGUUUUAAAUAGUCUACUGAGAGUGCUUUGAAAUAUUGUGGAGGUUUUUGCCCUCAUGCUUUUUCAUUAUUCACAAUUCACAUAGGCUACUAGCAUACUUCUUUUUGCUUGUUCAUCCCCAUUUUCAAAGAGCGCCCCUCGUCGGAUUACCAAAGACACGCUCAAGUCCAAACUAUUGUCCUCCUAUAAUGCUAUAUCAAUGGCAGAUUUUUUAAAGAAUCUGCCUUGCACAUAGGCAACGAUACAAUUGACAGGAGCCUAGUAUUUUGUAUAGAGGUGCGAAUGUUCUGCGUAAAGAUAUUUAGGCCUGCGUGUGCACAGAGUUCCAUGGAACGAGAGAAUCGAUUUCUUUUCAUUUUUAUGACCGAUCCUAUUUAGAAAUAUCGUUGUUGGUUUAAAAAACAAGGUUUUCGUCAAAUUAAAAUAAAGAUUCACCGUCCAUGGGUUUAUGGUGUGCACGUACAUGGCUCGAAUGUAAUGCUAUUUCUGGAGAAGUUAAAAUAUGAUCUGUAAAAUGGUUCCAUUAUGUUUAUUAAACAUUACAUUUGCGAGCAGUAUAACAGUGAGUGGACAUUUCCCCUUUGUCUUUAUAUUGGAUCUUUAUCCAGCCUCUUUGAAAAGUUUGGAUGUGCGUCAAACACUCCAUAGUCUAAGAUGCCUUGUCUGUAUUAUAUGCCCACGGGGAGCAAUUAUGGUGCCUGUAACAGUAUUUAGACAUUGAAAACAAGUUAUUGUUUCAUUUUUAUUAGAAUGUGAUUAGAGUUAUACACUGUCUUUUUAGGCCUUAUCAAUAGCCUAGUGAAUUUAAUCUUGCUUAUUGACUACGUUUGGCAUCAAUAUCAUCAAUGUCCUUGUCCGUACUGCAAUUUACAGUCGGCCUAGCCCCUAUAUCAGUCCGAAUGCUAUAGCCUAUGUUUAAAAAUAUACAGUGAGCUCCAUAAUUCACUGGACAGUGACCAUUCUUUUGUUAUUUUGGUUCUGUACUCUAGCACUUUGAGUUUGAAAGGAUACAAUGACAAUGAGGGUGUAGUACAGACUGUCAGCUUUAAUUUGAGGGUAUUUUCAUACAUAUCGGAUGAACCGUUUACGAAUUAUAGAAGCUUUUGUACAUGGUCCCCCCCCAUUUUCGGGCAUCAAAAAACAUUGGACAGUUUAACAUAAUAUAGAAUAAAGUAAUCAUUGUUAAUAUUUGGUCGCAUAUCCUUUGCAUGCAAUGACUGCUUGAAGUCUGCGAUGCAUCGCCAUCACCAGACGCUGGGUAUCUUCCCUGGUGAUGCUCUGCCAGGCCUGUACUGCAGCCAUCUUAAGUUCCUGCUUGUUUCGGGGACUUAUUGCCUUAAGUCUCCUCUUCAGCAUGUAAAAUGCAUGUUCAAUUGGAUUCAGAUCUGGUGAUUGACUCGGCCAGUCAAGGAUUUUCCACUUUUUGGUCAUCAAAAACCCCUUUGUUGCUCUAGCAGUAUGUUUAGGGUCAUUGUCUUGUUGCAUGAUUAAGUGCCGUCCAAUGAGUUUGGAGGCAUUUGGUUUUAUCUGAGCAGAUAAAAUAUUUCUGUAGACUUCAGAAUUCAUUGUUCUACUUCUGUCUGCAGUCACAUCAUCGAUGAAGACAAGUGAGCCUGUUCCACUGGCAGCCAUACAGGCCCAAGCCAUAACACCCCCUCCACCAUGUUUCAUGGAUGAGGUGGUAUGCUUUGGAUCAUGGGCAUUUCUUUUUUUUCUCCACACUUUUGUCUUUCCAUCACUCUGGUACAUGUUAAUCUUUGUCUCAUCUGUCCACAAUACUUUUUUUCCAGAACUCUUGGGGCUCUUUUAGGUGCUUUUUAGCAAACUGUAAUCUUGCCUUUCUGUUCUUCAGGCUUAUCAGUGGUUUGCAUCUUGUAGUGUACCCUCUGUAGUCCUGCUGGUGUAGUCUUCUGCGUAUGGUAGACUUUGACACAUCUACACCUGCAUCCAGCAUAGUGUUUUUGAUCUGUUGGGCUGUUAUCAGGGGUUUUUUCUUCACCAUAGAGAGUAUUCUCCGGUCAUCCACUACAGUGGUCUUCCUCUGUCUACCGGGUCUUUUGACAUAAUUGAGUUCACCGGUUGUUUUUUUCUUGUUAAUGAUGAACAAAACUGUUGACUUGGGCAUGGCCAGGGUUUUUGCAAUGUUCCUGAAUGAUUGAUUUUCAUUUCUGAGCCUUAUGACGGCCAACUUCAUUUGCAUCGACACUGCUGUCUUCCUCAUGUUGUCACACCCCAAUAACAACCUCCAAAGGCAAUAGCAACGUCUAGAAUCAUUACUAUUCAUCAACAGCUCUCCUGCAUUCACUAACGACACAAAUGAAUACACCUGCCUAACGACACACAUCUGUGAAGCCAAUUUAACAAAUACUUGUAGUACCUUAAAAUGGGGGGACCAUGUACAAAAGGUGCUGUCAUUUCUAAACGGUUCAUCCGAUAUGUAUGAAAAUACCCUCAAAUUAAAGCUGACAGUCUGCACUUCACGCUCAUUGUCAUUGUAUCCUUUCAAACUCAAAGUGCUAGAGUACAGAACCAAAAUAACAAAACAAUGGUCACUGUCCAAUGAAUUAUGGAGCUCGCUGUAUUUCCAUAAUGAAGCAAAGCAAUUAGAACAUUGUGGACUGCAAACAUGUUAAACAUAUUUAGCAAAUAUGGGGCAGGCUAUUUAACAAACUAGGCUAUAACGGACUAACAUUCUAAUUGGUGUUGAUGACAACGCAAUACAGAAAAGACCGUAAAUACACAACUUGGAGCAAUAACAUAUUUAUUCAUGGAGCAUGUUCUGAUUGGCCAGCGAGGGGCAAGCCUCGACACAUGCACAACUUGUUUAUUCAUCAAAACCCAGCCAUUUCGCACCACCGGCAGCUACUGUGCCCAUAAUUCCAGUUGUGAAAAUAGCAAAAAUAUUUCUCACACCCCCGAUCCUAUAACACCACCACUAAGAUUGACCAUUGUGUUAGAUUUGUUAAAAUAGAGCCCUGUGACUUGUACAGGGCAUUUGGAAAGUAUUCAGACCCCUUCCCUUUUUGCAAAUGUUGUUACGUUACAGCCUUAAUCUAAAAUUGAUUAAAUUAUUUUUUCCCUCAUCAAUCUACACACAAUACACACGAUGAAACCAAGAUUGAACUUUUUGGCCUGAAUGCCAAGCGUCACGUCUGGAGGAAACCUGGCACCAUCCCUACGGUGAAGCAUGGUGGUGGCAGCAUCAUGCUGUGGGGAUAUUUAUCGGCGGCAGGGACUGGGAGACUAGUCAGGAUCGAGGGAAAGAUGAACGGAGCAAAGUACAGAGAGAUCCUUGAUGAAAACCUGCUCCAGAGCACUCAGGACCUCAGACUGGGGCGAAGGUUCACCUUCCAACAGGACAAUGACCCUAAGCACACAGCCAAGACAACGCAGGAGUGGCUUCGGGACAAGUCUCUGAAUGUCCUUGAGUGGCUCAGCCAGAGCCCGGACUUGAACCCGAUCGAAUAUCUCUGGAGAGACAUGAAAAUAGCUGUGCCGCUCCCCAUCCAACCUGACAGAGCUUGAGAGGAUCUGCAGAGAAGAAUGGGAGAAACUCCUUAAAUACAGGUGUGCCAAGCUUGUAGGGUCAUACCCAAGAAGACUCGAGGCUGUAAUCGCUGCCAAAGGUGCUUCAACAAAGUACUGAGUAAAGGGUGUCUUGACGUGACUUAUAUUAAUAUGGUGACUGUUAUUUAUCGAAUCAACUAACUAUGUUUAAUUGUCACUUGAUUAAAUUAAGUCAUGUAACAAUUAACUCAUUAGGAAUUUGGGGCACCACGGAAGAAGUUGUUUAAUGAGUUACCAUCUCCAGAAUUAAACUCUUAGAAGAUAUAUGUUAUAUACCGAUAAGACACUUAUUCAAUAAUUACCUCUUAUCAGUCUCAUUCUGAACUUUGCAUAAUGCUUGAACCUGCAAGAACCCUAACCUUACUGAUGAAUCAGCAAUAUACAAAUUGGCUUAAUUAUGACAUUUACAUUUAAGUCAUUUAGCAGAAGCUCUUAUCCAGUGCGACUUACAAAUUGGUGCGUUCAACUUAGGAUAGCCAGUGGGACAGCCACUCCCCUUCUUUUUUUUUAUGUAGGGGAGGGAGGGGGGGGUAGAAGGAUUACUGUUAUACAAUUCCAGGUAUUCCCUUAAAGAGGUAGGGUUUCAAGUGUCUCCAGAAGGUGGACAGUGAAUCCGCUGUCCUGGUGUCGUGGGGGAGCUUUUUCCACCAUUGGGGUGCCAGAGCAGCGAAUAGCUUUGACUGGGCUGAGCGGGAACUGUGCUUCCGUAGAGGUAGGGGGGCUAGCAGGCCAGAGGUGGAUCAACGUAGUGCCCUCGUUUGGGUGUAGGGUCUGAUCAGAGCCUGAAGGUAAGGAGGUGCCAUCCCCCUCACAGCGCCGUAGGCAAGCACCAUGGUUUUGUAGUAGAUGCAAGCUUCAACUGGAAGCCAUUGGAGUGUGCGGAGGAGCGGGGUGACAUGAGAGAACUUGGGAAGGUUGAACACCAGACGGGCUGCAGCGUUCUGGAUAAGUUGUAGGGGUUUAAUGGCACAGGCAGGGAGCCCAGCCAACAACAAGUUGCAGUAAUCCAGACGGGAGAUGACAAGUGCCUGGAUUAGGACCUGUGCCGCUUCCUGUGUAAGGUAGGGUCGUACUGCGAAUGUUGUAGAGCAUGAACCUACAGGAUCGGGUCACCGCUUUGAUGUUAGCGGAGAAUGACAGGGUGUUGUCCAGGGUCACGCCAAGGUUCUUUACACUCUGGGAGGAGGACACAAUGGAAUUGUCAACCGUGAUGGCGAGAUCAUGGAGCGGGCAGUCCUUCCCCGGGAGGAAGAGCAGCUCCGUCUUGCCGAGGUUCAGCUUGAGGUGGUGAUCCGACAUCCACACUGAUAUGUCUGCCAGACAUGCAGAGAUGCGAUUCGCCACCUGGUUAUCAGAAGGGGGAAAGGAGAAAAUUAAUUGUGUGUCGUCUGCGUAGCAAUGAUAGGAGAGACCGUGUGAGGAUAUGACAGAGCCAAGUGACUUGGUGUAUAGAGAGAAUAGGAGAGGGCCUAGAACUGAGCCCUGGGGGACACCAGUGGUGAGAGCACGUGGUGCGGAGACAGAUUCUCGCCACGCCACCUGGUAGGAGCGACCUGUCAGGUAGGACGCAAUCCAAGAGUGAGCAGCGCCGGAGGUGCCCAACUCGGAGAGGGUGGAGAGGUGGAUCUGAUGGUUCACAGUAUCAAAGGCAGAAGAUAGGUCUAGAAGGAUAAGAGCAGAGGAGAGAGUUAGCUUUAGCAGUGCAGAGAGCCUCUGUGACACAGACAAGAGCGGUCUCAGUUGAAUGACCAGUCUUGAAACCUGACUGGUUUGGAUCAAGAAGGUCAUUCUGAGAGAGAUAGCAGGAGAGUUGGCUAGAGACGGCACGCUCAAGAGUUUUGGAGAGGAAAAGAAAGAAGUGAUACUGGUCUGUAGUUGUUGACAUCGGAGGGAUCGAGUGUAGGUUUUUUGAGGAGGGGUGCAACUCUCGCUCUCUCGAAGACGGAAGGGACAUGGCCAGCGGUCAAGGAUGAGUUGAUGAGCGAGGUGAGGUAAGGGAGAAGGUCUCCGGAAAUGGUCUGGAGAAGAGAGGAGGGGAUAGGGUCAAGCGGGAAGGUUGUUGGGCGGCCGUCCGUCACAAGUCGCAAGAUUUCAUCUGGAGAGAGAGGGGAGAAAGAAGUCAAAGCAUAGGGUAGGGCAGUGUGAGCAGGACCAGCGGUGUCAUUUGACUUAAUAAAUGAGGAUCGGAUGUCGUCAACAUUCUUUUCAAAAUGGUUGACGAAGUCAUCCACAGAGAGGGAGGGGGGAGGAGGAGGAGGAUUCAGCAGGGAGGAGAAGGUGGCAAAGAGCUUCCUAGGGUUAGAGGCAGAGGCUUGGAAUUUAGAGUGGUAGAAAGUGGCUUUAGCAGCAGAAACAGAGGAAGAAAAUGUAGAGAGGAGGGAGUGAAAAGAUGACAGGUCCGCAGGGAGUCUAGUUUUCCUCCAUUUCCGCUCGGCUACCUGGAGCCCUGUUCUGUGAGCUCGCAAUGAGUCGUCAAGCCACGGAGCAGGAGGGGAGGACCGAGCCGGCCGGGAGGAUAGGGGACAUAGAGAGUCAAAAGAUGCAGAAAGGGAGGAGAGGAGGGUUGAGGCAGCAGAAUCAGGAGAUCGGAGGGAGAAGGAUUUAGCAGAGGGAAGAGAUGAUAGGAUGGAAGAGGAGAGAGUAGCGGGAGAGAGAGAGCGAAGGUUGCGACGGCACAUUACCAUCUGAGUAGGGGCAGAGUGAGUAGUGUUGGAGGAGAGCGAGAGAGAAAAGGAUACAAAGUAGUGGUCAGAGACUUGGAGGGGAGUUGCAGUGAGAUUAGUAGAACAACAGCAUCUAGUAAAGAUGAGGUCAAGCGUAUUGCCUGCCUUGUGCGUAGGGGGGGAUGGUGAGAGGGUGAGGUCAAAAGAGGAAAGGAGUGGAAAGAAGGAGGCAGAGAGAAAUGAGUCAAAGGCAGACGUAGGGAGGUUAAAGUCACCCAGAACUGUGAGGGGUGAGCCAUCCUCAGGAAAUGAACUUGUCAAGCUCAUUGAUGAACUCUCCAAGGGAACCUGGAGGGCGAUAAAUGAUAAGGAUGUUAAGCUUGAAUGGGCUAGUGACUGUGACAGCAUGGAAUUCAAAUGAGGAGAUAGACAGAUGGGUCAGGGGAAAAAGAGAGAAUGUCCACUUGGGAGAGAUGAGGAUUCCUGUGCCACCACCGCGCUGACCAGAUGCUCUCGGGUAUGUGAGAACACAUGAUCAGACGAGGAAAGAGCAGUAGGAGUAGCAGUGUUUUCUGUGGUAAUCCAUGUUUCUGUCACUGCCAAGAAGUCGAGGGACUGGAGGGUAGCAUAGGCUGAGAUGAACUAUGCCUUGUUGGCCUCAGAACGGCAGUUCCAGAGGCUGCCGGAGACCUGGAACUCCACGUGGCUCGUGCUCGCAGGGACCACCAGAUUAGAGUGGCAGCAGCCACGUGGUGUGAAGCGUUUGUAUGGCCUGUGCAGAGAGGAGAGAACAGGGAUAGACAGACACAUAGUUGACAGGCUACAGAAAAGGCUACAAUAAUGCAAAAGAGAUCCGAAUAAAAUUAACUAAACAUCUGGGGAAGCGAGAGAGCGGGACCUCCCUCACUUACCUUUCACUGAAACACUCAAAUAUAACUCUCCCAACUUCCACUUUAGAAAUUAUAAUUGUUGUAAACUACAGCGGUUCAAUAUUUUCUAGGAAUAGACUCUAACUUAGUUUAUUCAGCUAGCUAAUUUGGUACAGUAUUCUUCCGUGAAAACCGCCCAGGGCACCGUAUCCUAUGACGCCAUAGCUAACUAGCAUGCUAGCUUCCAAUAACACAUGUUUAGCACCAAUACUCGGUUACAACAAACUACCAAUAGUGUGUUAACACACUAAACAGAUCAUUCAUGUCCAUGUCUAACGUUGUGUAAAGUUUUGGGUUAGUUUUGACAGUUUGAGUGAGUACGUCAUCAAUUUAUUCAGCCAGUUUGUUAGCUAGCUAGAAUAGUUAGCAUAUUAGCUAGCCAUCGCUCUCUGUCAACGAACCAACCCCUCCUCCCACGGUAUGAAACCCACAGAGAGAGUCAAGCUAACGUUAACUAGUCACCCUUGUCUUGAAUUCCUUUUAAACGACUCCGGUUACCAGUAUGUAAAAAUAAAAUAAAAAAUAAGUGUAGGUUAUAAACUUACCCUUAGUAGCUACUGUUAGCUAGUUAAGUGUAAAGCUAGCUACUGAAUCAAUUUAGCUAGUUCACGUCUGUCCCAACGGAGAGAAGCGUCUCCAAAUGCAGAAGCCCGGUUAAUACAAACAUAUCUUACCAAGCCAACUAGCUAGUUAGUUAUCUAUAAUUGUUUUAGAUUAAUUCCAAAUUAGGACCAACUGUUCUAUUGGUCAUCUAGUUGCCAGUUUGUGGGGAUAACGUUACUUGUAAACAUUACAGUUAGGUCGUUCCAGCUGUUGUUUAGUUAGCUAUCCAGGUAGCAACAAGCUAGCUACAUUUUGAGUACAGUAGCUACAUACAUUCCAUUCUCUUCAUUAGUCCUGUUCCUCUUAAAAGGUUAUUUAUUUACUAACUAACUAAAUAAUAACCACACACACAGAGGUUAUUGAUUACUAAUGUAAUACAAUGAAAACAGGUCCCUAGUGGACUGGAAUAACAAUAGCAUGAAUGCUUGGGUAGAAGGAGGGUUGGCUGAUUCAGAGAGAGGGGGGGGGGGGGGGGGAAGUAAGAGACAAAGGAAUUCACCUAUCGGACAUUUGUAAACUACUUCACGCUUCCUGGUCUAAUGUUGAUUUGUUUUUCAAGGCUUUUUAUGCCCUCGUGGUAAAAGGGGCGUUCCAUCAUGUUUGUGCUCAUCUGGGUGUGGCCACUGACUGAGAACAAAUCAAUAUGGAAAACAAUCAUCUCAUCUAGAAUGCUAAAAUCACAUUGUUAUCUUCACAAAAGUAUUAUUAUACUUAAUAAUUUGUUUUAUACAACAAUUAGAUGCAAACCUCAUAACUGGGAAGUGUACACCCCCAGAGAUACAGUUAUGUUGUUCCACCGUCUUUAAUGACAUCACAACAUAGUAACGAAUUUCACAGGAUUGUUCUUUAAGUCCCCACCGACCAUUUCCCACAUUCUUUGAAGUAGGAAUAUUGUUUCAUUAUCCACUUUUGGAUGUUGGAGUCUUGGCGGGAAGACUUCCUCUGUUCCACAGGGAAUUCCCUCUCCCAAUACUGCAUGGCACGGAAAAUAAAGUUUCUGCAAGGAAUUUACGACCUGUCAUAAAACUGGCCGCCAGGAGAGGGGGUGUUCAAACAUUUGCCUAGCCGGCAUCUUUGCUCCUCAGCCCAUGAGGGCAAGUCAUGACAAGGGUCUGAAUACUUAUGUAAAUGUAAUAUUUCAGUUUUUUAUUUUGAAUAAAUUUUGAACAAAAUCAGCAGGGGAUCAAAUACUUUUUUUCCCCCUCACUGUAUACAGAAGAUUUUUAAAUGAACACGUUUCUUCUGCUUAACCAUGUGCAUGCUAUGUAUUACUUUGCCAUGCAUAUUAUUGCAAGUCUUCAUUAAGUUCCUGUGGUUGCCAGGUUGCCAAAGCGCGGAACCCCACGCCGGGACCUAUGGAUCAUCAACUCACACCGCAAGGGCCCACAAGGCCAGGGGCCAUGGGACCCCCAGAGCAACUUCAUCUAUUUCUGCUCCAAGCACUUCACCCCAGAGAGUUUUGAACUCUCAGGAGUUAGGUAUGUAGUGUCUCUUCCAACUUAUAGAGGGCAGUGUUUACCUCAGAAUUCCAUAGAUUAGGUGAUAUUGUACUGUAUCUCUAGUGCCUAGUUUACCUCUGGAGAAACUUCAGCCUAACUGUCAGGGUGAUUAUGUAUUGAUGGAUAGCGUUACAGUUUAUCCCCUUAAUCAACAUUUUGGGGGGAUUGUCUGUAUAAGGACUGAAAUGAAAGAAAAUGCAAUAAAUUGCAAAGUAAGCUUAGUGCUGUUGAUAUUGAUACAGAGAUACACUAUUUAUACAAAAGUAUGUGGACAACCCUUCAAAUUAGUGGAUUUGGCUAUUUCAUCCACACUCAUUGCUGACAGGUGUAUAAAAUCGAGCACACAGACAUGCAAUCUCCGUAGACAAACAUUGGCAGUAGAAUGGUCUUACUGACGUGACUUUCAACGUGGCACCAUCAUAGGAUGCCACCUUUCCAACAAGUCAACUGUUCAAAUGUUGGUAAUGUUAUUUUGAAGUGGAAACGUCUAGGAGCAACAACGGCUCAGCCAUGAAGUGGUAGGCCACACAAGCUCACAGAACGGGACCGCUGAGUGCUGAAGCGCGUAGAGCGUAAAAAUCGUCUCCUCGGUUGCAACACUCACUACCGCGUUCCAAACUGCCUCUGGAAGCAACGUCCAGCACAAUAACUGUUCUUCGGGAGCUUCAUGAAAUGGGUUUCCAUGGCCGAGCUCCACACACAAGCCUAAGAUCACCAUGCGCAAUGCCAAGCGUCGGCUGGAGUGGUGUAAAGCUCGCCUCCAUUGGACUCUGGAGCAGGGGAAACGCGUUCUCUGGAGUGAUGAAUCACGCUUCACCAUCUGGCAGUCCGACGGACUAAUCUGGGUUUGGCGGAUGCCAGGAGAACGCUACCUGCCCCAAUGCAUAGUGCCAACUGUAAAGUUUGGUGGAGGAGGAAUAAUGGUCUGGGGCUGUUUUUCAUGGUUCUUGCUAGGCCCCUUGGGGAACUCUUAACGCUACAGCAUACAAUGACAUUGUAGACGAUUCUGUGCCUCCAUCUUUGUGGUAACAGUUUGGGAUGGCCCUUUUCCUGUUUCAGCAUGACAGUGCCCCCGUGCAGAAAGCGAGGUCCAUACAGAAAUGGUUUGUCGAGAUCGGUGUGGAAGAACUUGACUGGCCUGCACAGAGCCCUGACCUCAACCCCAUCACACAUCCUUUGGAUUGAUUAGAACGCCGACUGCGAGGCAGGCCUAAUUGCCUAACAUCAGUGCCGACCUCACUAAUGCUCUUGUGGCUGAAAGGAAGCAAGUCCCUGCAGCAAUGUUCCAACAUCUAGUGGAAAGCCUUCCCAGAAGAGUGGAGGCUGUUAUAGCAGCAAAGGUGGGACCAACUCCAUAUUAAUGGCCAUGAUUUUGGAAUGAGAUGUUCGACGAGCAGGUGUCCACAUACUUUUGGUCAUGUAGUGUAUGAAAAUAUACGGUAUGUAACAAGGCAUCAAGGAUAACUGCCAGCAUUUUAAAUGAUCGUAAUCUUACCUUCUGGUAACUUUACACAGUGGGUACCGAAGGCUGAAGGACGAUGCAUUGCCCACAGUCUUCGAAAUGGUCACGCAGCCAGGAGGAAGAGGAGGGGGUGAAACUCCUAGAGGAAAGGGCAAACAGACUGUCAUAAGCCUACAGACUAGGUAAUAUAAAAUAAAAACAUGUAUUUGUUAUAUUUUGUAUCAUAUGUAUGGAUAUGGAAGUACAUGUAGCACAGUGUGCGAUUUGAUUGUAGUCGUACACUUUAUGAUUAGAAAUGAUGAGUCGCUAUUGUAGGCCUACAUGUAGAUAAGAGCUGUGAUGCGUGUUAAAUGUCAUCUUUCCUUUUUUAGGAGGUCCCGCUCUCUGAAAGUGGAACAAGACAACCAGAAUGGCGCACAACAAGAAACUGAAGCAAAAAACAUAGUUAGUGGAGAACAAGUUCAGAGCUCUGAGACACCCAAUGGGGAACCUAAUAUCUGGAUGGAGCAGGGCAAAGCACAGUCCCUCCCUCCCACCCAUGGAAUAUCUGCACCGACUGUCGAAACACCACAGAGUCCCCCUCAACACCCAUCAGGCGCUUCACCCGGAGACCCUCCUGGCUCUUCAUCCUCUCCCCGUCCUCAUUCCCCAUCGCGAUACAUGCUGCGCCUACCCCCACCUCCCGGCUUCUACCUGCCGAAGGAACACAACUAUGCUCAGCACUGCCCCCUGGUGUGGCGGAAGCGUUACGACAGGGCCAUCGACAGCCUGGAGAAGUCCCUGCGUCUGCUCAGUGCGGCCAGGCGGCGGGAGAACCGGCUGCGGCAUGCGCUCCUGCGCCUCAGAGAGAAUCGUCUGAAACACACCCUGCUUCGCUCCCGGGACGGAGCUAAGGGCAGGGGAGGUCGAAUUCAGGGGUUGGAGAGGAGAGUACAUGGAGAUAAGGCAGGAGGAGGUGCCAGCCUGGCCGAGCCAGAGGAGACUGAGAUGGAUGGAGUGCCAGAGGACUUGGGGCUAUUUGAAGACGGACCUGGGGAACCGAUUGACUGGGGAGGGCGGGUCCGGACUACAGAGACUAAAACUGGGUUGGAAGAGGAGGGGGGUUACUGCUUCUACUGUGGAAAAGGGCGAGAAGACGAUGGGGUUAAAGUGUCCAGGGGAAGCUCUCAGAUAAGGAAAGGUGGACAGGGAACUGUGGAUGAUGGCUCUUGGAGUUCUCAGGUUGGUGAGGGGGACAGAGAUGGUCGAAGAGGAAGACAAAUUCCAAAGAAGGCUCGAGGUCAAAAGGUUGGAGAGGCCACAACAUAUGCAGGAGCGCCACAGGAAAGCUAUGAAAGCUACUACUAUCACUGUGGCGCGUCUGAGAGCGGUGAAGAUGUGCAGGUAGUCAUGGUGGAGCUGCCACCUGAGAAAGGGGUGAAAGCUGGCGUGGAACUUCACUGCAACCCUCAGCUGUCCAUCCCCCUGUUGCAAACACAAUCACAGGUGGACCUCCAGCAGAUGCAGGCGCAGCCCUUGGGCAGAGCAGCACUGCAGGAUACCCACAGCCGGGUUCAGUUCCUGCAGCCUGGCCCAGCCUCCCAGCAAGGGCUACUCCUCACAGACCUGAACUCAAUAGAAGCAGAGCCAGCGGACAGCCAGCAGCAGCAGGAGGAGCAGGUGUUCUGGAUGCAGGAGGGCCAACUGCUCUUAGUGCCUGUACCCUCCGAAGACUGGCUGAAGAGCACAGUUGGGAUGGAGGGAGUGGCAGAAGAGGUGGGAGCACAAAGCAUAUUGGUGUCAGAGGUGGGAUUUCCCAGAGACUUGGUGGAGGAGAAAAAUAGGGUGUGCUUAGAGGGUGAGGGUAGAGGGCUGAGGGUUAUAUUGCCCACUGAUGGACAGGGAGGCCACCACUCAGACAUCAGGACUACUGUGGUGAGCGGUGAUGUGAGGGAGCGGUUGAAAGAACACUUGGAGGGGUUUCAGCUCCAGCUUAGCAGUGAGUUUAUUGACUGA